UCGGAGGCUGAGGGAUUUAGCAGAAGAGAGAAGUCACAGGGAGAGAGCGCUGGAAUGCUGGGCUGAGAAUUUGGGAUGACUGGAAGAUGACGUGAUCUGCACACACAUAGUGGAUGUUUAAUGUUUACAUACCCUAUAUAAGAGCACAGUGACACAGCACACACCUUAUUUUUGUUUGGCACAAAAAACUGAAGACAUGAUGGCACAAGUUCUACACAUGGAGACUCACUUUCCAGGUAAAUCUGUCCCAAAUUCUUUAUCUACCAUGAAAGAACCUGAUGCACCAUAUUCUGUGGAGACUCCGUAUGGAUACCGACUGGAUCUGGACUUCUUGAAAUACGUUGAUGAUAUAGAAAAAGGGCACACCAUUAAGCGAGUGCCAGUCAGCCGCAGACCUCGCUUUGGAUCAUUACCCCGGGGCCCCGGAUAUACUGGAUCAUGGUGGACAUCUACUGAAUCCCUCUGCUCCAAUGCCAGCAAUGACAGUCGACAUUCGUCUUAUUCCUACUGUGGUAGAGGCUUUUACCCGGCAUAUGAAGUUAGGAGUGGAUCUCAAACUUCAAGCAGCUUUAAUCCAAGGGUUGAGAGGACAUUGAUGGAUGCUAGUAAGAAGCUGGAAGCUGGACAGUCUCGUCCACUAAGUCUUGGAUGCAGAUCCACCAGCUCCAUGUCGACCCCAUCUCUCUCUCGUCUUCCCUCCUCUUCCUCCUGUCAGCAGCUGUCUUCUUUCACUCCUCUAAGUUCUGGGAUGUCCACUCCAGUGUCUCCAACUCCAGUCCACCUUCAACAUGUACGGGAGCAAAUGGCAGUGGCAUUGAAGAGAUUACGUCAACUGGAGGAGCAGGUUAAGAUGAUUCCUGUACUUCAAGUAAAAAUUUCGGUGCUCCAGGAGGAAAAACGUCAGCUCAGUGUCCAACUCAAGAGCCAGAAAUAUCUAGGACAUCCAGGAGGAAGCACUAAAGGCAAGACCAGAGGAGAACUCUACAUCGAAAUUCCAGAAGAAGAGUCAAAGGAUGGAAGACAUAAGAUUGGAAGUGGAGAGGAGGCAAAGUUAAGUGAUGAAACUGAAGGAGAAAGGAAAGAGUCGGAAGGUCAAAAGGAACAAUCAGAAACAGAGGCCAAGAAGGAAUGUUUGGCUUCCAAUGGGAGACCUGUUAAGAAAUUCUGCAGUGUAGGCGUUUGGGUGAGAGAAGUGGACCUCAUGCCUCAUGGUCCACCUAGACAGCUAGAGGCAGACAAACAAAAGCUUCUGGUUCAAGCGUUAUCGGCUAAAGUGGCAGUAUUGGAACGACAGCUUAGCCGAGCACUGACCGAGGUUCAAAACGCCAACCGCAAACUAGAGGAAGCCGAACGUGCGUCGAGAGGUGAAGACACAUUAAAGAGAGAUAAGAAAGAAGAUGUGAGAGCUGAUGCAGUAAAAGUGGCAAGGGUGGAGCGAGGAAGUGAGGUCGUUUCCAGCACUGAGGUUGGACUUGGAGUUCAGCUACAAAGGUCACGAGAUCUGGAAGGUAGGGGAGUAGGAUUACUUAAAACUAGAGAAGAUGAGGAGAGAGUCUACAAGAGCCGAGAGGUGAUGGAGAAACCACUUUUUACUUCGACUGGACCUCCCGUCCAUGUCCAUUUGGUCAAGAAGAUCAGCAUCACUGGGCAAAAUAUUGAGGAGAAGAAAGGGCUUGACUCCGACAAUCAAAGAGAAGAGCCAUCUACUAGUCUUUUUGUUAACCAAAACUUUCAGGGAGCUGAAACUACUGCGGGUGGCUCAAUGUCAGGGAAUGAAGAUGGCGCAGAUUUUUCGGGGAAAGGAAUCGCUCAGAAUGAACAGGAAAUGAAAUCUACAUAUUCUGGAAUUAAUGGAGAAAUGGACAUGGCGUCAUCAGAAGAUUCUGGAACUAUGGAGAAUCCGUCUGACAGUGAAAGCACAGAAAGUGACUAUCAUGAGGCCAGUGAGGGGCUGACAUCACCCCAGACUGAUAUACAACUACCGCUCGCAACCAGUGACCAGCCGAAAGAAACUGAGAAGCACAAAACCCCAGAGACCCCAGCAACCAGCUCAUCCCCCACUAGUCCUGUGCCCAGGGUGGAGCUCAGUAACGCUCUGAUCUCGGGCUGCGUAGCUCUCCAGAAAUGGCUCGAUGAUCCCACUGCCCUCACAGAUGCUGAGAAGGCAGCAGCGCAUGAAGCUGUGGUGAAGGAAUGGAUGAGGAUCUUCAGACAGAAGGAGGUGGAGCCUGCCAUCAUCCGCCAUCAUUUAAAUGUCUUCCGUGCCAUGUCACCGCGUCUCCUGGAAGUCAUCGUCAACAUGGCCGAUUCUAAAGGGAACACCGCAGUCCACUAUGCUGUGUCCCAGUCUAACUUUACUGUGGUCCGGCAGCUCCUUGAUACAGGCCUGUGUGAUGUGAACAGACAGAAUAAGGCCGGGUUCACUCCGCUUAUGCUCACAGCUCUGGCCGCCUUCCGCUCCAACGAAGACAUAGAGACGGUCACACAGAUGCUGCGCCUUGGAGACGUCAACUGCAGAGCCAGCCAGGCAGGACAAACGGCUCUGAUGCUGGCGGUCAGUCACGGGCGUCUGGAUGUGGUGCGCGCUCUGUUGCAGUGUGGGGCGGAUGUCAACGUGCAGGAUCACGACGGCUCCACCGCGCUCAUGUGCGCUUGUGAACACGGACACGUGGAUAUCGUCAGCCUCCUCCUGGCCGUUCCUACCUGUGAUGUAGCGCUUACAGAUAACGAUGGGAGCACGGCUCUGUCUAUCUCGCUGGAAGCUGGGCAGAACGACAUAGUGAUGCUUCUCUAUGCUCACAACUCCAAGUCCUCCUCUGCGGGACUGGAGAAAAAUGUUAAGCUCCAGAGUGCAAACCCAAGUGAUGAAUCCCAAUAGGAGGAGGAUUUUGGGUUACGACUCUUCGCCCUGCUGGUCUCCAGAAGAAGGACUGGGGUGGAGAGUUGCCUCUGCAUGCCGUCCAGAGCCAUAUGGCUUCCCCUGAAACACAACACUGCAAAACCACUAUUCAUCCUGCUUCAGCACCAUGGAGAGAGGAGCACUGGAGGCCUGAGGGACAGGGGUGGGUGGACAGGUUACACGGUAGUGCAGGACGGGCAGGAGGUUAUUAUGGAGGUUCACAGAGUUAAUAAAGACUAUGGGAGAAAGCUGAGUCCAAGAUGGAAAGAGAGGAUCGUGGUCAGAAUAAUGACACAGUCGUAAGUUAAGAUCUACAGAAGACACCUGUUAUAAAGCCCACCAACACUAGACUCACAAACGCUUGCUGUCAUUGAAUCAAAGCAUUCUUGUUUACAGACAGAAACCUAUAUAAACACAUAAGUAGCUCCAUGUUCCUAGUUUGCUACAAUGUAUCAGUGUUGAUAAAAUGCAUGAAAGACAGGGGAGAGAUAGACGCCAGGAACCCCCAUAGCAAAGCGAGAGCCCCCUUCAUAGCAACACCCCACCCCUAAAUGCCUGGGACAGAAGGAGUUGUUUGUUCCAUUUCAUGAUCCUUAGGGUUUAAUUCCCCACAUCCAUGUUAAUUUUGUGGAGCCUGUGGAGAAAACAACCCACCACCCCUCAAACAACCCCCUUUUCUUCAGGGGGUCCAUUGUAGCUGUAUGAGCUUCCACUAAGUUAGGUACAUCUUUGCUCACAUAGAAUUGCCUUAGACUAUUACUCCUAGCAGUCUUAGAUCUGUACAGGUUUUCAACCUCGGGCUGUAAACUAGAAUGUUUUCAUUCACUGUCAGCAAACAAGAACUGAAAUGAUCACCAUGUGUUCUAAAGAAAUCAUAAGGCGAGUUCUCACUCAUUACCAUCCUGGAUUUUUCUGCUUCUAAUAUUUUAAAUCGGUCUCUUCUACCUUGUGGUACCUCAAACCCAUCUGGAUCAGACCUCAACACACCUCCCGUCGUUGACAUGGGGGUCUCUGUGGAUAUUGCUGAUCCCUAGAGGGUACUCGUAUUUUAGAAAGUCAAGUGAGUGAGAGCACAGCUUGGCAACCCCAUCAAGAGAUUCCCACUGAUCUCCAGGUAUCUUCAAGGACAACUCCCCUUGCACAUGUACCAUGAUCAAUUCGCAUGGAGAUGCCAUAGAGAUCUUCUAUAUUAGGAGGCAAUCAUGAGAACCAUGGGUGCGGGACACCACUGCAAACAGUGAGAUUUCCUUUACAUUUACAGGGGUGGGGCCGGGGGGACCUCCUCAAAAAGUAUAUGAUAUGUGAGAUUAUCAGUAACAUUUGAUAGAGUGGACACAUGAGAGGUGAUAUGUACGUUUAACAGGGCAGCAGAACUAUGACUUUGAGAUAUAAUGGGCCUUAUGUUUCAUAACUGGUGCAGACAAAGCUCAUAGCAACUACAUUCCAAUUUCUUUUUUUUUUUUACUGGGGAGGGGGGAAUAAUAACAUGAGUAGUGAUCUCAAUGGUGGUUGGGGUCAUUUGUCCCACUUUGCACCAUGGGGACAUGGUGAGAUCUAUUGAGUUUAGUGAUGCUCCCUCAGGCGCUUCCACCCUCCGGCCGUCUAAGCUCCUUCCAUAAGUUUCAGCAAUAAUUUCUGAUAUUGGUUGCACUAGAGGCACUGCUAUAUAUAUAUUUUUGUUAUCCAUACUUAUAUGUGAGACGGUUAACUACCUGUAUUGUAUGAAGGUUAUCACUAUAUAAAUAUAUGUAUAUAAAUAAAUAGUUAUGAAUCCGC